ACCCCUACAGGUGUUUCUUCCCGCCUUUCGAUAUCGAGCUCUCAAAACUCUCCCGCUGGUGGAGUGGUGGUUACCAAAUAGAAAAUAAACGAAAUACGCUCAUUUUAGUGCGAGCAGAGCAGAGGUUGCAUCGAUUCUUUUGCGAUUCGAUCAAUUAAUGGCACCGAAAUCCGACAACGUUGAAGGUAUUGUGCUUAAUUUUGUCAAUGAGCAAAAUAGACCAUUAAACUCUCAAAAUGUUGCUGAUGCUCUGCAAAAGUAUAACCUCAAAAAGACUUCUGUUCAAAAAGCAUUGGAUUCUCUAUGUGAGAGCAAAAAAAUUUCAUCCAAAGACUAUGGUAAGCAGAAGGUAUACCUUGCUCGGCAAGAUCAAUUUGACAUCCCCAAUGGUGAAGAGCUUGAUGGGAUGAAGAAAGGAAAUGCCAAACUACAACAAGAACUGGAAGAUCAAAGGAGAGCAAUUAGUGAGGUUGAGGGAGAAAUUAGAGCUCUGCAGUCGAAUUUAACGCUGGAACAGAUACAUGCUAAAAAAGAUAAAUUGACAAAUGAGGUUGAGGAAAUGGAGAAAAAACUGAAAAAAUUGCGUGAAGGGGUUACUUUGGUGAGACCAGAAGAUCGCAAGGUGAUUGAGAAAGCAUAUUUGGAGAAAAUCAAUCAGUGGAGAAAGCGCAAAAGAAUGUUCAAAGACCUAUGGGAUGCUAUAACUGAGAACUCACCUAAGGACCUUAAAGAAUUCAAGGAGGAACUUGGCUUAGAAUAUGAUGAAGAUGCUGGGGUGAGCUUACAAUCAGUUAGUGAUUUGAUGCCAAAUGGUAAGAAGCGCAGUAGAGGCCAAUGAUUUAUAUUUUUCCUGUGAUGUACUCAAUGCUGUGCAUCUAAAUUGUGGAUUAAACAUGCUUUGGAGAGAGCAUUAGUUUGUUAUCCUGAAAGCCAAUUUUUGUUAUCUACUUGUUCAGAAAGGUUUACAUGCCAAAAUGUAUGAAGGUAAUCGUACAA